UGAGAGGCUGUGUUAGUCGAAAAGCGCGCGAACUCAGUGUAGCGCCGAUGCCCGUGCGCACAGCACGCCCGUUCGCCCGCGUCUGCGCAAGCGCGACCUGUCAAACUCGUUGACAGUUCCGAAUUUGAAUCCGAAACGCCGAUUGGCGUUUCCAAUUUUUCAUUAUUUUCUUUUCAAAAUGGGACCUAGGCCUGAUUUCAUGCAUGCUGUUGUUUAGUAAAUUGAUAAGGUUUUUAUUGUUGUGACACUGUUUAUCAAUUAUGACUGAAAAUAGGCGUGAAGAGUGCCUAAAUUUGUGCUAAUGGAUUUCUAGGUCUGUUUAAUUUCGUUCAGUGAUUACAAGGGCAGUCUUGACUAGUAGGUGUGAACUGAUAAGGUGUGGACUUUGGAAUAUAUUUGAAUUUGUUGAGUGUAUUAGAUGGUUGUAGUAAAGGAUUGUUGUACAGAUAAAAACGGUGACAGCAGUGGGGGCUUCGUUAAUGAUGCGAGCGCGAGGGGCGCGGGGGGACGCUGAUCAAAGCGUGCCACACACACAUGAGCAGCCACGCACACAACAUGUUCACCAGGUUCGACCAAGGCAAAUCAACGAAAGGCGCGAGCAAGCUCCGACGCGACCUAAUCAACGCAGAGAUCGCAAACCUUCGCGACCUGCUGCCGCUGCCACCUUCCACCCGCCAGCGCCUGUCUCAGCUUCAGCUCAUGGCUCUCGUCUGCGUCUAUGUACGGAAGUCGAACUACUUUCAACAAGUUUUCAAACGCUUUGACAUCAAUCAGCAACAACCUCCGGCUCCUAAUUUUGGUUUUUCUAAAGCUCUUAACGGUUUCCUGAUGAUGAUGACGCAGAAUGGGAAGUUACUCUACAUAUCCGACAACGCAGCAGAAUAUCUUGGACAUUCGAUGGAAGACCUGCUUAUCCACGGGGACAGUGUGUACGAUGUGAUCGACAAGCAAGACCAGCAGGCGGUGAGAGGGGAGCUGUCGCGGGCGCCGGCGGACGGCGAGGACCGCGUCUUCCUGUGCCGGAUGAAUGUGGCCAGGAACGCGAGGAGGCAGAUGCGAUUUGGUGACCAGAAGGUAGUGCUAGUGCGGGGCCACUUCGUGUCGUACCUGCCGCUGUGCAGCCGCAACGAGCCGGUGUUCCUGGCAGCGUGCACGCCGCUCGCCAUGCCCGAGACGCGCGAGUGCGUUGUGCACGGCGCCACCAACGUCUUCACCACGCUGCACACCAUGGACAUGAAGAUACUGCACAUCGACGCCAAUAGCGAGUGGCACCUGGGCUGGGACAGGAGCUCGCUCCACGGCGUGAGCUGGUACCAUCUUCUACAUCCCGACUGUUGUAAAGAAGCGCAGAGCAAACAUCGCCUAAUAACCCAGUCCGAGCAAGAGCGGUCUUGCAUAGCUCUACUGCGGCUGCAGCGGAGGUCCGGCCAGUUCCUGUGGGUCCACGCCGUCCUACAGUUGAAAGACAACCUGGACAAUUCACAGCGGCCUGUCAUUGUUUGCACUAAUCAAGUAUUAAGUGAGCAAGAAGCAACAGUCAUGAAGGCAAAUCCCUGGCUUUAUCAUUACUACGCCGUUCAAUCCAAGCUCCACUACGGCCUAGCUUACGAGGCUGCGACCAGAAUGUAUGGGCCACCGCCGCCUGAUCUCCAAGUGUACCCUCCAGCCAUGCAGUACACACCGACUCCACCAGUCUGUAUAAACGGGAGCCAAGUGAUGAUGCCGAACCCAGGCCUUCAGCCUCACAUACCGCAUGUGACGCCACACUUAACUCCGAUGCACUACGCGUAUGAAAGGGCGGACAAUGGACCUGUGGAUUACUCUGUCCCAUUACAGGAUAACAGGUACCACAAUGUCAGGAUAGAAGAUACUAGAAUUCAAUCAAACGCUAAACGGAAAGGAAAGAAUACCGAUGAAAAACCCAGCACACCCGUUUCGAAUAUGUCGCCUCGGUGCACGCCUUCCACAGUCACUUCAGGGGGCGAAACAUUAGUAGCAGUUACAGGGUCAAUAGCUAGCAGAAGACCAGGGUCCAAAAACUUUAAUAUAUCAGAAACUGAAAUGGUCGAUCAGUGGAAUCCAAGUCCGACUUGGUCCGAAUCGGCUCUCCAAAAAGUCCCUGACGUUUGUCACCAGGACUUGAGUCCGUAUGUGACCACCACUCCUCCAACUCCGUCUGGCACACCGUCCGCUUACACACAAAACUAUAGUCAUACCUUCGUGUUCGACUGGUCGCCAGAGCAAUAUGUUCCUCAUACUAACAAUAGAUGUAACACAGUAACAACCGAAAGUUCCUACCAGCAGCAGACGUGGAAUAGGAGUCAGAGAGCAUCGUUCGCGACUGCGGACACCGUAGACGAGAAUUGCAAUCCUAAUAGAAUAAGCUUACAAAUGAGGGUCAGUAAUCAACCGCCAGCGUAUAACGCAACGAGGGAAGGAGAGAUUCUUAGAAGGCAAAUGGAUCGUCCACAUCCUGAUUCGCCGGAUGCCAAGAAGCCUGCUUUAUAACUAAAGUUAAUUUGUUUAAUUUCUCUAAAAUAGUUCAAUAUUAUGUUACCCUAUUUAAAUAAAUUUUAUUUUAUGUAGACAAAAAGCUCUGGAACUCUCCUGUGAUCUUUAUAGCGUUAAGAUUUUUUUGAUGCUAGGCAAACUGUAUAUUCAAUUUAAUAUAUGAAACUUGUACAAAUUACUCUCAUUAUGUAAGUACAUAAAUAAGUUUUUCACAUACAAUGUGAUUAGGUUGUGUAUACGAUGUACAUAUUAUUAUUAACUUAAUUUAAUUUUACUAAAGGGUCUAUAUAAAGGUUCCUAAGAAAGGAAGGGUAGCCCCUUGAGAUGAAAAUAUGAAUUUGUCAGUGUCAGUAGUAUAUUACCUGUCACUAGCCUGGAAUGCUCACUGGAAAUCAGUAACGUCCCAUUUUGACGGUUCAAGAACUUGCACGUGAUAUGGAGUGUGGAAUUAAGAGGAGUGGCAUCUCUUAUGGUAGAACUGUUGCAAAAGUGUCCAGCUGUCAGCUAUAAAUAAUAGUUCCAAAUCUCUCCAGAGUAGCGCUAGAGUUGCUAAGAACCUAGGCGUUAUUGACGGAGUGAAUUGCGCUAUGAUUUGAUUUUUUUUGUUCAAGUACUCUAGGUAUUGUAGCGCCACCUAUUUAAAGUUUUUUGAUGACACUUUUUGGUACAUGGAGAUUUCGUUCCUUAUCUCCACCUUCCGUAGCACGUGAUUUUCGUUACAUUGAAAUAUAUGGUUGAUCGACUGAAUUCGAUGUACUCUGUAGUUAGUAAUAAUGUAUAUCGAAUAAUGCAUGCAAGUUCUUCUUAUGUCUCAAACUCGUAAACGGUAAGUGUAACUAAAGCAAUGAAAAAAAACCAGAGCUUGGUACAUACAUAAUAAUAAUAAAUAAAAAUAAAAAGCCUCUUUAUUUUCUUAUCAACUACUUACACACUUGGUAUCAUUUAGGUACAUACUAUUAAUUAAACUUAUUAUGGUUAGUAUAUUUCAACUUAAUUUAAUGUUUUUUUCUUUCAAACUAAAAGUUGAUAGGAACCCCACUUUAUUGGGUAAAGGCCUCCUCCAAUUUGGUACAUACAUAGUUGAAUGCAAUCAUUUAAUAAUGUGCUGGCAAUCAACUGUCAUUGUCAAAUUCAAAUAUUUCAUAUGGGGGCUACAUCGUCAUUAUUGUACAUUUUAUCUUGACUUGUUUUCAGAAAAAUAUUUUGAUAAGAAAAAUAUUAAAAAGUUAACAGGCAUUUUUGCCUAGAUAAAUUACCUGAUUCUGUUUAAAAAUAGGGCCCUGGUAUAUACUGAAGCUCUACCGCGAAAAACGAGAAUCAAAAUUUCU